AAUCAUUUCAGUCGCGUACGCGUUUUAGUGUAAUGCCGAAAUUAUUAUGUCGUUUUGAAAAGACUAAAUUGUGUUUUAUGUGAGUGCAAAAUGGGAAUUGACUAUUCAAGUAGUAACAGCAAAGAGAGCGAAUCUGGAUCGGGAAUUGAAGUUAAUCCCAACAUUCCCUACCCCGGCAUCGCACCGAUCGCUUUGGGUUAUUUAUCUCAAACUACAAGACCGCGCAGCUGGUGCCUCGCGCUCAUCUCUAAUCCAUGGUUCGAGAGAGUGUCCAUGAUAGUAAUAUUGCUAAAUUGCGUUACCCUCGGCAUGUACCAGCCUUGCGUGGAUGACGACUGUAAUAGUAAUAGAUGUAAAAUAUUGCAAGUUUUCGACGACUUUAUUUUCGCGUUUUUUACGCUCGAGAUGAUGAUAAAGAUGAUCGCGAUGAGCGUCUGGGGUCCCGGUUCCUAUUUAGCAGACUCCUGGAACAGAUUAGAUUUAUUCAUCGUCUUCGCCGGUGCCGUCGAAUACUGUCUAAACGUCGAAAAUUUAAAUUUCUCGGCGAUACGUACGAUACGUGUUCUAAGACCAUUACGUGCCAUCAACAGAAUACCAAGUAUGCGAAUUUUGGUAAUGUUGCUGCUCGACACAUUGCCAAUGUUGGGAAAUGUGUUGCUGCUGUGUUUUUUCGUAUUCUUCAUUUUCGGUAUCAUCGGCGUCCAGCUCUGGCACGGAAUACUCCGACAAAGGUGCUACGUACCGAUGGGAAGCAAUCUGUCGUGGCCCAAAGGACUUCCGCCAUAUUACACCGUGUCGCAAGAUCAGGAGUACAUAUGCAGCAAAAGGGAUCAUUCCGGAAUGCACCAGUGCGCCGACUUUCCGCCGUACAAGAUCGGUAACGUUACCUGCAACUUGACGUACGCGCAGGGACAGGAUCCGGCGAUACACGGCUGCAUAAAUUGGAAUCAGUACUACGAGGUGUGCGCGGAGGGCGCCGACAAUCCGUUUCAGGGUACCAUUUCGUUUGAUAACAUCGGCCUGGCGUGGGUUGCGAUUUUUUUGGUCAUCUCGCUGGAGGGCUGGACUGAUAUUAUGUAUUACGUGCAGGAUGCCCACAGUUUCUGGGAUUGGAUUUAUUUUGUGCUUUUAAUAGUCAUAGGCUCGUUUUUCAUGAUUAACUUAUGCCUCGUCGUAAUUGCCACGCAGUUUUCCGAAACGAAAAAGCGCGAAAUGGAGAGAAUGAGACUUGAACGUGCACGUUUUCAAAGCACAAGCACCUUGGCGUCGUCGACCAACAAUAGUGAGCCGACGACGUGUUACGCCGAAAUUGUUAAGUACAUUGCACAUUUGUGGAGAAGAAACAAGAGGAAAAUUGUCAAGAAGAUUCGUUUACUUAGAUACCACCGAGAGCAAAGGCGCGAGAGGAAAAUCAUAGCCGGCGAAUCUAUACGGCUUAACUAUAAUAAACGACACCACCCUUGCUGUCCCCGACUGAAACCCCAACAGCAACAAUCACCAAGUGUCCACGCUGUGUCACGCACAAGCUCUAUGUGCUUCUCCGAUAACCAAAAGGAGCACAAAGGAGACGAUUCAGAUACCGCAGUAAAAAGACCCAGCUUACUAAGGGUCCCCUCAAUUUCCCAUCAGGAUAUCACAACGAACAACAAUGACUUUCAGAGCCCGACAAAUCUGCUAUCACCGCCCCUGGCGCAGGCCUACAGGAGACGUUCGUCCGUAAUGUUUAGUGACGUAAUUCUGUUACACGGCGAAGACACUGCGCCAAAUCCACCCAACAAUUCCAACAGCCUACUCUUGGACAAACGAAAUGUGUGUUCCAGCGAGAAAAUGACGCAAACAGGCGACGGCAACAUCUGGCAGAUAUCUUCGUUACCAACGCCACAGCAGCAGAUCACUAGCGAAUGCUGCGAAUUGCUCAACGGGGAGGCGAUGACUUGUCAGGAGUUGCUCGCACUAGGCGCCAUUAAUGCCGCGUUGCCUACCGGGCAGAUUUCGCUCGACACUUUUUUAGGUACCCUAUCCAAAGGCUUAAAUAACCGCUCCAAUGUCGAAGAUAUGUACCUGCAACAGUUGCCGGAAGAUAACUUCUCCUGCUGCCAAGAUAUGUGGCAUUGCGAGUCCGAGUAUAAAAACACGAAACGGUCGCGUUUUUACAUUUCGGUUUGCUUAAUGGUGAAGGGCAUACUGAAGUGCUUGCAUUGUCUGCGGAAGUAUAUCAAGAUGUUGGUCGAGCACAAGUACUUUCAGCAGGGGAUCCUGUUGGCGAUCUUGAUCAACACGCUUUCAAUGGGCAUCGAGUAUCACGAGCAGCCCGAAGGUCUUACCGCCUUUGUCGAGACUAGUAACAUAGUGUUCUCGGCGAUUUUCGCGAUUGAAAUGUUACUGAAGGUAAUCGCCGACGGGCUCUUCGGCUACAUCGCUAACGGUUUCAACGUUUUUGACGGGGUGAUCGUGAUCUUAAGCGCGAUCGAGAUUUGCCAGAAGUUUUUCGGAGACUCGCACGGCGAUUCGGGACUCUCCGUGCUGAGAACGUUUCGUCUCCUUCGAAUUCUGAAGUUGGUCAGAUUUAUGCCGAACUUACGUAGGCAACUAUUUGUAAUGUUGCGGACAAUGGAUAACGUCGCUAUUUUUUUCUCACUUCUGAUACUCUUUAUCUUCAUCUUCAGCAUACUGGGUAUGUACCUGUUCGGUGGUAAGUUUUGCAAGUAUACAGAUACAGAAGGGAAAUCGCGCGAGUGCACCUGCACCAUGAUCGUCACCCACGACAAGCGCUGUGAGUGCGAUCGAAAACAUUUCAACGACAUCCUAUGGGCGACGGUCACUGUCUUUCAAAUCUUAACGCAGGAGGAUUGGAAUAUGGUGCUCUCCAAUGGUAUGGCGAAAACGUCUCAUUGGGCUGCCUUGUAUUUUGUUGCAUUGAUGACGUUUGGCAACUACGUUUUGUUUAACUUGCUGGUUGCCAUUUUGGUAGAAGGUUUUAGUUCGGAGAGAAAUGAGCGACGAGAACGGGAGCAAAGGGAGUUGGCGAGGAAAAUGUCUUGCAUGCUCGAAGCGUACAAGAGAGGCGCCUCGGAUGGAAGCAGUCGAUCGAUUUCGACUUCGAGCGACAGUGGCCUACACGGGAUGAAGAACGCUUGGCGCUCCGCCGAAGAUUUGCAUAAAUGUAAAGACUUCAACGAGCCUCGGUGCUCAUAUUCUUGUGCCCACUGUGAGUGCCGCGAACGCGACUACUACUUCACCAAGGUGCUGGAUUGCCACGCGAUCAGUGAUCCUAAAUGUAACAUCCAAAAGGAAUCGUUUAUGCUGAAGCAGCCAAGACAAGCAUCGCCUCCUGUGAUAACGCACACUGCUGCAACCCCUCAAGAUUCACCCAACACCACUCUGGAGGAGUAUCCAGAAUUCCGCUACAGCGUCUGCGCACCCAACGAAACGAUAUGCGAGAGCAACAUUUGUGAUAACCCCAAAGUCUCUAACAAUGGCGUAUCCGGCCUACUAAAACCGCCAUCCCUAUCGCCGCCGCCCGUUACCUUUCGCCAGUUUGAGAAACCGCCGGACGAGCCAAUAAAAAUAACCGCCGCCACCAAACUGAUAACGCACAAUGAAAGAGUCGGAUCGAAAAUCACGACGUUCUCCGAAAAGGUCACGAUGCCAAAUGAUACCGCGAAACUCGAUUUUGGCGAACCCGAAAAGUUAAAGAUUCAACGAAGUUACUCCUGGAAGUUGCCCACCAGGUCUAGUCUUCGCAAGAAGAAGUGCAGAAGUGGAUCCGAUUCCGAUGCCGUCCCCUUAAAUAACGGAAGAGAUCGUGCACAAUGCAAUGGAUCGGGGAUCGCGCGACAUGCAAGCCUUCGCAAUGACUCGCUGCUUGAGUCCUCGAUACGAAUCCAAAAUGACACCCAGAAGGACACGCCGAACAACAAAACCGCCCCAAACACAUUUCGCAACAGGUCCAACACGUACAGUCCCAUGUCUCAGGUGAAAUGGACCCGUCAAAAUUCGCUCACUUCGAAUUUGGCGAAGGAGUCGAAAAUUAGUUCCUUUCAGGCGCAAUUUACGAAGAACGCCAACCCGACGGUUACCGGAAAGCACGACUAUAGCGUCGAACCGAAAUCGGUAAACACGGGCGCCUCGGAGCGUUCGCUGCCGAAAAUCAACCUCGAGGAGCUUUCGGACAGUUCGAAGAUGGACGAGAAGGUUUCGAGGUGGAAGAAGCUCCUCAUAUACAUUGAGCCGAAGAGCUACAUGAAGGAGCGGGAUGAAUUUUCGUUGUACCUUUUCCCUCCCCACAAUCGGUUUCGCAAUUUGUGCACUUGGCUCGUCGAUCAGAAGUGGUUCGAUAACGUCGUUCUGCUGUUCAUUGCCAUGAAUUGCAUUACGCUCGCAAUGGAGAGGCCUAAUAUACCGCCAAAUAGUACCGAGAGGGUUUUCUUACAGACCACCAAUUACGUGUUCACAGUAGUUUUUGCAAUUGAAAUGUUCAUAAAGGUUGUGUCUUGGGGUAUGUGUUACGGACCGGAUGCCUACUUCACCUCUGGUUGGAAUAUUAUGGACGGCUCCUUGGUGAUCAUAUCCAUAGUUGACCUUCUGAUAUCGUUAGUCAGCGAGUCGAGUCCCAGAAUCUUUGGCAUACUAAGAGUGUUUCGGCUGUUACGAUCUCUUCGUCCACUCCGAGUCAUCAAUAGAGCACCUGGGCUGAAGCUAGUCGUACAAACCUUGUUAUCGUCCUUGCGCCCCAUCGGAAAUAUCGUCCUUAUUUGCUGUACGUUUUUUAUCAUCUUCGGAAUUCUCGGCGUGCAGCUGUUCAAAGGCUCGUUCUACUACUGCAAGGGCGAAAAUGCGAAAGGUGUCCGAAAUCGAACGGAGUGCUUGGAUCUUCCGGGAAAUACGUGGGUGAACCAGCAGUAUAAUUUCGAUAACUUGGGCAAGGCGCUCAUGUCCCUUUUCGUACUGAGUUCGAGGGACGGUUGGGUCAACAUCAUGUACACGGGUCUGGAUGCUGUCGGGGAAGAUCAACAGCCGAUUAUCAACUACUCGGAGUGGAGGCUGCUGUAUUUCAUCGCGUUCAUUCUAUUGGUCGGCUUCUUUGUGCUAAACAUGUUCGUGGGGGUCGUCGUCGAAAACUUCCACAGAUGCAGAGAGGAGCAGGAGAAAGAAGAACGAGUGCGGAGGGCGGCCAAACGGGCUCUACAGUUGGAAAAAAGGCGUCGAAAAAUGAACGAGCCCCCCUAUUACAUAAACUAUUCACCGUGGCGCCUCUUCAUUCACAGCGUGGUAACAUCGAAGUACUUCGACCUAGCGAUUGCGGCGGUCAUAGGAUUGAACGUUGUAACCAUGGCGACCGAAAGUUAUCGAAUGCCCGACAUUUUGACUUACAUUCUGAAAAUUUUCAAUUACUUUUUUACCGCCGUUUUUAUACUUGAGAGCACCAUGAAGCUGAUCGCUCUCGGUUUCGUGCUGUACAUGAAGGACAAGUGGAGCCAGCUGGACGUGGUGAUUGUAAUACUAUCGGUAGUGGGUAUCAUUUUAGAAGAGCUCAAGUCUAACAUUAUCCCAAUUAACCCAACCGUUUUGAGAGUAAUUCGCGUAAUGAGGAUAGCGCGCGUCCUCAAACUGUUGAAAAUGGCGAAGGGAAUCAGGGCGCUGCUGGAUACGGUGAUGCAAGCCUUGCCACAAGUUGGAAAUUUGGGACUGCUGUUCUUUUUGCUGUUUUUCAUUUUUGCGGCGCUAGGUGUGGAGCUUUUCGGUCGUUUGGAGUGCUCGGAUAGGCAUCCAUGCCAAGGACUCGGCGAGCACGCUCACUUUUCCAACUUUGGUAUGGCAUUCCUCACGUUAUUUCGUGUUGCGACCGGAGAUAAUUGGAAUGGAAUUAUGAAAGAUACUCUUAGGGAGGAUUGCGAUGACAAGGCGGAUUGUGUGAAAAACUGUUGCGUUUCGGCUAUCAUCGCACCAAUUUUCUUCGUGAUUUUUGUGCUCAUGGCGCAGUUUGUGCUCGUCAACGUUGUGGUUGCUGUUCUGAUGAAACACUUGGAGGAAUCGCACAAGCAGAUGGAGGAUGAGCAUGAUUUAGAUACUCAACUGGAACGCGAAAUGCAGCAGAAGCACGAAAUGGAAGAGCAACGCGAGCUAUGCUUGGCUCUACAAAUGGAUUCCGAAUGCUUUCAGCACAGAAAGCCCUUAACUAAGGUCCUGUCAUUACCAUCCAACUUCACUUACAAUCCCUCCGGAUCGAAACAACAAGAGCGCCAGCCUAGCCUUCGGGCACGUCGCCAAACUCUCCACAGUCACCAGCCAAUCACGCUUUCUCAUUUGGACGACAUUAAGGUGAUCGACGAAUCCGUUUCGGACAUCUACAACAUAAGUGAAAUGUCGCACUUCUCCCCCCACGAAACGCACGACCGAAACGGCUUCGUCCAAACCCAAACAGACUUAGAUGACAUAAUCAACGUCUCCCAACACGAACACCUGCUACGCUUACCGGACAUUGACGAAAAAUGUCCCCUACCAAACAUCAACGAGUCCUGCGACACAAACCUCCUCCUAGGCGUACCGACCGAAACAAAACCGCUACACCGACUCUACGGCAGCACGAAGCAGCUCUUCGUCAAGCAAAGAUCGUUCGACAUACCCGAAGAGGUGCCGUUCCUUUCGUCGGCGCUACCCGACGCAAAAUCGGAGACCGACAUUUACGACAGCGAUUUAAAAAUAUUGAAAAUUCCGAAACACGACUCGCAAGAAAGCGUGCAACGAAUCAUAACCGAAAGAAGAAAACUAGACGAAAACCUAAAAGAUAUUAACCAAUACGAUAUUUUUGAUAUAACGCACGGUAGCGAGGAGAACUUAGUUAAGACCGACUCGGACGAUAGGCAGGAGUGCGAAAUUUAUUCUGAAUUACAGGAAGCCGAAAAUGACGACUGCUAAAGAGUUUUUAUCCAAACUAUUUUUGUACUUAGUAUUACGAACGAUACUCGUUUUAUUUGUGUAGGUAUUUUAAUGUUUUUACUUCACAGGAUUAAUAGUGCGUAAAUAGGUAAGACAAUUUUCUCUUGUGGUCUGAAUAUCCUAAUUGCUUGCGCAGUAGGAGACUCUCGUGCCCAUUUGAUGCCGAUGUUCCACAAAAAUAGUGAGGCCUCAAUGUUUUACGUAAACUGUUCCUAUAGUAAGCAUCAAUUCGAUGUAUUAUACUUAUGGCAUUCAGGUGGUGAGUUUGAGCAACCAAUUUCUUAAUCUGGCCAUAUUCAAAUUGUCUGGGCCACAUACAUUUAAGGGAAACAGGGUACAUUUUGUAUCACUUUAAUUGUUGCUCUUUCUACAUCUUCCAUGUUGAGUCAAACCCUAUUUAGUUUCAACUCGUUUGAAUGGAUUUUUUUCUCACGACCCAUUUUCAGUAUUUGUAUACCUUCCGUUUUAUUAUUUAGCCAUAGAAUAAUGCAACCUGGCUAUAAUGUAAUAAUUUCUGUAUAUCCAUCCAGUUCUUGUACGUACUUUUAUUACUGAUCUACUUUUGCAAGUUGAAUUCUAGGUUAGUUAGUAGGGGUAGAGAGAUAAGUAAGAAUGGAUGUUCGCGCAAACUUUUCAUCUUGCCAAGGCGCCAAAAUCAAUAAAUCGAUCACUUACAGUACCCCAGGAGUGGCAAUUCUGCACUAUGUGGAAAUAGAAGCCAGGCAGUGGGGUUUUUAGCAUAUUAACACAAAAACUUUGUUUUAGAAAUUGUGAAACGAUGUAACUUAGGCAAAAAAUCGAAAUCAAAUCAAUGUUAGUGUCUUUUCAUACUGGCGAAUUUCUGUGGUAAACUAUUAGAUAGAAUAUUGUAGAGUAAAUUACUCUUAAAUGUAAAUAUAGUAUUCUGGAGGACGCAAUAAUUCUGUUGGUGUAAAUUACAAGGUUCAUUUUACCACUACUUGCAGAUCACGGGAAACAAGUUGACAUAAAAGACAAUCCUAACAGAGCCUUUGGCUUUAAAGUAUAUUUUCCUUUUCGCUUGUAUUUUAAAUUAGUUUAAAUGAUCUGAGGAUGAUAAUAACAUUUGCUAUUAUUCUCCGAGGUUGUCUGUGAUAUAUCUCUUUCUAAUUAGAAAAAGUUUCCGAAUUAUAUCUAGCUUUUAGACUUGCACUCGUUAAUGGCUCUCAUUUAACAUGAAUCUACUGACACUCCCGCGGCGGUUUCAUUUCAACAAACACCGAAAUCCUUUAUUUUGGCAAUAAGAGACAUAUCAGCACGGGAAGCGAGUGUCAGCUGGAGCUGGUUUAGAAAAUUCACAAGGAAUUAAAAUCAAAAAGUGCUGUAACUGUAGAUAUUCUAGUAGAUUAGAAUCUUCUUCUACCCGUGCCUUUAACUCUCUGAAUAGAGUACUAUAACUUCUUCUACUUUCAAGCGAUUAAUCGUAGAAGUUAAAUUGGCUGUCUGUAUUGUAAUUAGUUGUAGGUUAAUCUUAGUUAAUUAAGUGAUGAUGGGAAAAUAAAAUAUUGCGGUUGUAA